AUGGACGACCAACACCCGACCCAGCGUCGAGGCAGGGACGUCCAGGCCUAUCAACUUGCCAAUGAAGCUAACGGCACUGGAGGCGUCCCGCAACGGAGCCAGGUUCCCUGCCAGGUCAAGCCUGGCCCGGGGGAUGCAAUUGGGGAAGACGAUGUUGAAUAUGGGAGAGCAGAUGGCAAGGCCGACGAGAGCCCCAAACAUGCCAUGUUGAGAAAGUUCGCCGUCACCAGACCCUCAUCGUCGACCUUCCUGACGCUCGCCUGCACGGGCAGCAUCGUGAGACGCAGCAGCGAGACGCCCUGGCCACAGAGGAUCGGCAGGCCGCAGAGGAUAUGCACCGAGGACCCCACCUCGAAGAGGGCCAGCAGGCCGGUCCCCAGCGUGGUGAUCGCCCACGAAAACCGCAGGAGCCACACGUGCCCUCCAAGGGGGACCGUCGCUAUGGAGACGGCCGCGACCACGGCGCUCAGGAUGCUGGUCAGCGGCAGGAAGACGGCUGCCUGGAUGGCGGUCUUGAGCUGGAAGGCCUGGUAA